CGUUUUGCGGAUGCCAUUUUCUUUUUUGGCGUCGGUUGUAUAUUAUCGACUUGGUAUCGGUAUUUUAGUGAUUACUGAAUUAUUUCUGUUUCUUCUUGGCUUGGGCGUUCGUUCGGAUAAAAUAUUAUCCUACAUAACAAUUUCAUCAAUUACAUAGCUGGUUGAAUUUAUUGUAAUAAACAAUUACAAUGGCCAACCGAAGACCUCCGCAAGGACGUCGCAUGGACUUCUCCCGAAAUGAUCGCGGGAAGAGUUUCCGCCCAGGUGUGUCCCCAUGGCAGGGUGGGACUCCAGGCUCUGAUAUACCCAACUUGCUCCCGCUUGCCGGCGGAUCAACUGAAGCAACACUUGCUUUAGCUAGCAACAUCAUCAAUCUCCUUCAACCGAGGCAGACUCCUGUUCCGUCUUUGUUAGAUAUGCCCAUACGACGCGAUUUCGGCCCAUCUAUGGGACGUUACGAUCGUGGAUAUGGGCCCAAUCGGAUGGGCAAUCAGAAUAAUUUCCGGCGUUCGGGAAAUUACAAUCGCGCUGGUGAGCGUAUCAACAGCAAUCGUAAACCCUUCAGGCCCCAUGAUGGGCAAAGGCAACAAAACAAGAGCUCCCCGAAAAAGGAGGCCGAUUCUAAAAGUAAAUCCAAGGAGAGUGAGCAAGACAAGAAAGACUCUGAUAGCACUGAGAAGACUGAAAACAAGCAAGAUGAUAAGAAGGAACCGCAGAAGACUCGCUACGACGAUAUCAACCCGCAGCUGCUGAAAUGCCACAUUUGCAACAAGAGCAUGUGGGACGGCCGCUCAUUUGAGAACCACCUGAGUGGACGGGCCCAUGCUAUCAUGAUGCAGAAGACUGCCGAGAGCUAUGCGCUUACUGCUGAUACUAUGAGACAGGAGUUUAAGAUCCGCGAAAUGAAACGCACACGCAAAUCAGGACAACAACAGGUGCGCGACUUCUAUUGCGCCAUGUGCGACAUGUACGCGGCGGACGGUUCCGCCCAUCGCACGACCGUGGGCCAUCGGAAGCUGAAGAAGUACCUGCAUCCGACGUGCACGUCGUGUCACAAAGAGAUGCCGACGCGCAUCGAGCUGGACGAGCACAGGCUCACUCCGGAGCACUUGAGCAUGAUGCAGGAUAAACAGGAGGUGGUGGGAAAACCGAAACCUGAAGUGAUGGUUAUAUCAACUCUGCAUACUGAACAGCUGUACUUGCGCGACGAUAGGCAGCGUUUCAAGAGACAAGGGGAGGAGAAGGAGAGGGAGAAGAGGGAGAAAGAAGGAGAACAGAAUAAGGAAGGAGCAGAGAAAGAAUCCGAAGGUGCCGAUGAGCCAAAGGAAGGGGAAGGAGAAAAGGAGAAGGUGGACAAAGAUGACACCAUUAUUGAUUUCAAGGAGGGUGAUGAUCUCACCAACAUCACCAGCGAUAGAUUCCCAGAGUAUAGCACGGAGCGCGGCGUGGGGCGCUCGUUCCUGACGGACUUCAGCUGCGUGCAGUGCGCGCUGUGCCGCAAGCUGCUGGACACGCGCGAGACGGCCGAGCUGCACCUGCGCACGUGGCGCCACCACCAGCUGUUCGUGCGCAUGCUGCAGGAGCGCAGCGGCAAGGAGAUUCAGGCGCAGGAGAGCGCGAAGCGGCCGCACGGCGGCGAGGAGUCGGGCAACUGGAAGCGGCGCAAGGCGUCGCCGGAACUCGACGAGGACGAUCGCGCCGAGAACGGCCACGAGCCCGCCGCCGAAGAGGCGGGACCAGUGAAGGAAGAGAAGCAAGUGGAGGAGAAGAAAGAUGGGGCCGAGGGAGAGAUGCCCGCCGCCGACGAGCUCGAAGAUUGGGAGCAGUCGGUGGACGAGAUACUGCGGGACGUCAAGGCGGAAGCGAUAGAAUCGGAACAACAGGAACAGCUCCAACCGAAAGUCGAGCAGAAAACGCCGGAGAAGAAACAGGACGAGCAAGAGAACGCGCAAGAGAACACGCAGGAGAGCAAGGAACAACAUAGCGGUGCUGCUGAGAAUAAAGUCGUCAAUAAUGCGAAGAACUCUCCGCUUUCGUCGCCCAGAGGCCGUGGGAGAGGACGGCCUAGACGUUAUUGAAAUAAGUAAAAAUAAACCCUAUUGUCUCGCUAGAAAAGUCGAUUAUUUAAAUGUAUCGGGUGUAGAAAAUGUCUAGGCAAAGUUGAUGGUGGAGUUGUGGCGUUUUGAUAAUUUGAUUGCGUUAAUUGUUGAUUUAAAAGCGAUUUUUUGCGCAUGUUUAUGGAGGGGGAGAAAAAUAUCGGUUUCUUCUUUUAAUUGAAUAAUAGUAUCAGCCAGUUGGUUUCUAGGCGAGUUGCGUAAAUGAAAUAAUGUAAUAAUUAUACUAUUGCGACUUAAUUUUUUUGGUCACAAACGCGUUUAAAAUUGGAUUAAAAUUUCGGUGUGACACGACCUACAACCUCGCGUGACGAAUUUGGUUUCUGCAAUUAUUGUAGGACCAUAAUCAUAUAUUCAUAGACUAUAACAGAUAAUUUAUAAGUUAAAAAAUAUAUAUAACAGUUUUUGUUAACAAUGCCGGUAAGAAAAUCCUACAAUGACAAAAAAUUUUCGACUAUUCGAUAAUAAUUGCAGUUAAUUGGAGUGAAAACGCCUCUCUUAAUCUGAUACCUGCCUGACCACUGGCUUUACAUGUCCAUAUUGCUAUUGUUCGCCUAACAAAUAUUCGGAGAGGAAGCAAUACAUAAUCAACAAAA